AUGACCAAAAUUGCAACUGUUGUGGGGGCGACUGGCAACCAAGGAGCGGCUGUUAUUGAUGCCCUGAAGAAACAUGGAGGUUACAAAAUCCGCGGACUUACACGACGGCCCGAAAGCGAUGCCGCUGCAGCUCUCAAGAACCAAGGCGUAGAAGUUGUCAGGGCAGAUGUUAACGACUAUGCCUCCCUGGUGUCUGCCUUUGCCGGAUCCCACUUCAUCUUCGGUGUUACGGAUUUCUUUGAGAUUUUUGCAACAUCUAAAGAUGCAGACAAAGCCAUGGAUACUGAGAUACAACAGGGCAAGAAUCUAGCAAAUGCUGCGGAGGCCACGCCGACUCUUGAGCAUUACGUCUGGAGCAAUCUUCCAGGAGCAUUGGUCAAAAGCGGAGGAAAAAUGAAGGUACCCCACUACGACAGCAAAGACAUUGUGGCUCAAUAUAUCCGAACAAAAAAUGAUCUGCUUUCUAAGACAACGUUUAUGCUGAUUGGAUGGUAUUCGUUAAACUUUACCUUUCCCUACUUCAGGCCAACACUGCUAGAGAGUGCUGGGAAAUAUGUUCUUGUUGGGAAUUUUAACCCGUCAAAGAUCAAUUACCCAACCAUUGGAGACAUCAAGAAAAACUUGGUGCCUUUUAUUGGGGCUACACUGGACAAGCCUGAGAUGAAGAAAGGGGCGAUGGUGGUGGCAUCUAUUGGGACAUUCAACGUACUUGAUAUGCUGCAAAAGUUCGCACGUGCACGUGGCAAAGAGUUCGAAUUUAUUGAGACCAGCAGUGAGACGUACUACAAGCUGUACCCUCUAUGGGCGGAGGAAGGAAGCCUAAUGAUGCAGUAUAUGCAGGCGUUAGGAGACCAAGCAUGGACGGACGCGACGUAUCCGAUGGUACUUUCGGAUGAGUUGGACAUUGAUACUACUUCAUUUGUAUCCCUUGAUGACUCACUGGACGCGCUGGAGAUAUAA